UAUAUCUAGACUGCACUGUGUUGUGUGAUUCUUGCAUAUAGUGAAUGUCAUCUGCGAGCUCAUGAAGUAUUAAUCACCACAGAACAAACGGUAUAGAAUGAAAUAGUCCAGCCUUUUGAAACAACAAUAAUUUGGUCUAGAAAAUGAGGGCACAGUCGAGGUCGUCACUGUAUGCUACAAGUAGUCUCUAGCCUAGUUCCGUUUUAACUUUUACAUGUACUGUCGCGUCACUAAGGAAAAACCCAAAUAAACCCAACUCCUACUCGUCUUACUAUUGAGGUCGUACAAUAAUUAAUAAUAAUUCUUCACGACAAACUCUGGUCCUAACCAUGUUUUGAAUGCUCAAAAGAAAUGUGUACUUAGUGGCUGAGAAUGUUCCUAGUAACAUUGUCUCGAUAAAGAGUUCUUGUAAAUUGUAAUAUCUUUAUUUGAAUACAACGGUAUGGAGUUUGAGGCUCGGGUUAUAAGUCACUACACGUUGGAUACCACUUUUAACACUUUUAUUUAUUUGUACUUUACCGUACCGCUAAUAAAAGGAUACGUUGUAGCUAUCAAGUGGGAAAAAAAACACGUAACCAAUUAGACAUCUUUCAAUCAAUUUAAGAAAAUAACCAAUAGUAUUUCUUGUAAAUUGUAUACAAAACUCAAAUGCAGUUCUGGUUGUAGCUCUCAUUGCUCAAUUCCGUAUUUCUGACUCACAACGCGAUGUAUGCGCUCCUUCCUCCCACACAGUUCCCUCCCAUUUGUUGAUCAAUAGAAACGCAAUUACACCAGAGGGACAGGAAAGUUGCCUCAGGCCAUUGCCCUUGCACAAUGUCUGUGUCUGACAAACGUACAAAUUAUUAUUUCAUUGGCCGUUCUUUUGUCCAUCUCCCAGCGUUCUGUGUGGACUUGGACAAAUACAAACAACAUUCAAUUCGCAAUCUCAUCUCUAGUUUAUCUUCUAUCGUACUAUACUGUCCAUAGGUGGUGUUUGGCUCUUUUGUUACUCGGACACUAAAAGUCAUGCAAAGCAUGUAAAAACAACAACAACCUAACCUUGGAAAGAUAAAGGAACUUUAGGACAAAAAAAAAAGGAAUAUGAAGUUGAAAGAACAUACCAUCUUCACAUAUCCAUUUAUCUCAAUUACUGUCAAUUAACUCAGCCUUAUAAAUUAUGUUUGUAUUGUGAGGAAGAGGAAGAGUUGGUUUUUCUGUUGGAUCGAUCCAGGGACUGCGAGCCAGGUCUACAAUCUUUGUAAAGCUGAGAGCUUAAUUGUGUCAUGUGGGCUAGUAUCUCGGAAAACAUCCUGAAAGUUCGCAAUCAUGGAUGAUAUACCCAGAUGAAUAAUUUCAUUCCACGAGCUUUGCUCUUGUCAUUACAUGGUCUGGGCUAUACAAUUGUGUAAUAUUUCAAAAAUAAAAUUGUUGGAUAUACUCACAUUAAGUAAAACAAAAAGUUUUUUUCCUCCACUAAGUGCUUCCUAGUCAAAAGGAAAAAGAAAAGAAAUACGAGUCUUCGGGUCAAUGUUCGUGAGUUUCUUAUUUUGGACAAUAGGAUGCUCAGACUAUUCUGCAGUAGAACGUCAUGGCGGAAGCACCAAAACAACCGCGAUACAUCCCUUCCUUUCUGCUGAACAGGGGCCAAAAGAGAACUAAAGCUGGCAAGAAGCAGGGUCCCUUGCUAGUCCGGGCCGCGGAAUUAAAACAAGCGGAUCUGGUAAGCAAGUCCGUAGACAGUCUUCUCUCUGUAUCCUCAAGUAUCAGUCUUCCACCGGAGGCGACACUCCGGAAAAAUCCGAGGUCGGAGCGUCACAGCCUUCAAUCUUCUUCCUGUGGGGCCAAUGGCCGAUCGUCAUCAGGCCAGACUAGACGGCACUCUUAUGACGUCCACGCCAAGGAGGACUACGAGUUCUUUGACUGUGAGGACGGAACCAGUGAUUUAACCUCCUCCAGCCAAGAACCGUCACCGCUCAUUCGUCCUAAAAAUGUUGCCGGUCAGUCUCCUGACCGCGUUAGGUCGGAGCCACUGAGAGUCCAGCGACAGUCCACCAUGUCUUCGUUGGAGGCUUCGAUCAGUCUGAACAGCGACUGGGAUUCGGCUGAGUCUGACAUAGACGAAAAGAACAGCUUGGUUCUGGAUGAGGAAAGUUUGAACAAAUCGGAUGAUAACUCCAGCAUUAACAGCUCGCCUGUCAUCACUGUCCACACCUGUGCAGUGCAGGAUCCUUCGGUCCACUCGGUCAGUCAGCAACUCUCCCAGUCUCGCUCAUUUUUUCAUAUCAACAUCCACUUGAAGGAAGGACGCGACCUGGUCAUCAGAGACAGCUGUGGAACCAGUGAUCCGUACGUGAAGUUCAAGAUAGGGAAUAAGGUUCUUUACAAAAGUCGUACUGUCUUCAAAAAUCUGAACCCCAAGUGGGAUGAACGCUUCUCUAUACCAGUGGAGGACAUCACGAAACCUAUCAACAUUAAAGUAUUUGAUUAUGAUCGUGCCUGGAAUGAUGACCCAAUGGGUGGCGUGGAUCUGGACAUCACCACACUGGAGGUCAACAAGGAAACAGAUUUAAAACUGCUGCUGACAGAGCGAGGGAACAGUGAGUACAUGGGCUACCUCCUGCUGGCAUGUUCCUUGGUGCCCAAGUCACAGGAACCCAAAGAACAGGGGUCUAAAAAGUCCUCGUUGUUUCGAAAGUCUACAAGGUCAACAGACUCAGCUUCCACCAUCUCCAAGAAAAUCAAAAUGCAGCUUUGGAACAGUGUGGUCAACAUUGUGUUGGUGGAAGGAUCCAACUUGGUAGCCAUGGAUGAUAAUGGGCUGAGUGAUCCUUAUGUGAAGUUCAAACUAGGAACUGAGAAAUACAGAAGCAAGGUCAAAAGUAAGACCUUGAACCCAAGCUGGCUGGAACAGUUUGAUCUUCGGCUUUUUGAUGAGCAGUCAUCACAGCUUGAAAUAUCAGUUUAUGAUCACGACACUCGGGGAAAAGAUGAUUUCAUGGGCAGAGCUGUUAUAGAUCUGUCUAAGUUAGAGAAAGAGAAAACCCACACAAUUGUUCAACCACUAGAAGAUGGUGCAGGCACUGUCAAACUCUUGCUUACAAUAAGUGGGACCUAUGGGGUUGAAAUGGCUUCAGAUCUGUCCAACUACACUCCUAAUGCAAUAAAUAAAGAUUCUAUUGUCAAUAAUUAUAGUCUCCUCAACUCAUUUAGAAAUAUUAAUGAUAUUGGUCACUUGGAAGUUAAAGUUUUUCGAGCUCAUGGUCUUCAGGCAGCAGAUUUUGGAGGACUGAGCGAUCCAUUUUGUGUGCUAGAACUGGUGAAUGAUAGAGUCCAGACACAGACUGAGUACAAGACAUUGAAUCCUGAAUGGUCCAAAGUCUUUACAUUUCAUGUCAGAGAUAUACAUUCUGUGUUGGAAAUAACUGUUUAUGAUGAGGAUCGCAAUAAAAAAAUAGAAUUCUUAGGGAAAGUUGCAAUACCUCUUUUAAAGAUUAGAAAUGGAGAAAGGCGCUGGUACGCCUUAAAAGAUCGUAAAAUAAUACAUAAAACGAAAGGAGCAAUACUCUUAGAAAUGGAUUUUAUAUAUAAUCAUGUGAAGGCAGCUAUUCGAACAAUAAACCCUAGAGAAGAGAAGCUGAUGCUCCCUGAAUCAAAGUUUAAAAUCUCAAUUAUGAAACAAAACAUUAAUAGAGUUUCUCAGCUCAUUGGUGUAUUCAUGGAGACUGGGAGAUUUAUUCAGAGUUGUUUUGAUUGGCAAUAUCCACCUCGCACAAUAAUUGCUUUCAUUGUUUAUCUUGUGAUAGUCUGGAAUUUCGAACUGUACAUGCUUCCCAUCUCAUUGCUUCUCAUUUUUCUGAAGAAUCUCAUUGUUGCUCAAAUUGUUGGCUCUUUUAGGAAGGAACCUGUUGAGGAUGAUUAUCCUGCUGAUGAGGAGGAAGAUGAUGAUGAAGAAAAAGACAGACAAGAAGAAAAAAAAAGUAUAGUGGACAGGUAUCAUGCUAUACAAGAAAUAUGUUUACAAGUACAGCAAGGGCUUGACACAGUAGCCUGUCUAGGAGAAAGAGUCAAAAAUACUUUCAACUGGAGUGUACCAUGGUUGUCUUCAUUAGCUAUUAUAGCCCUUAGUGUAGGAAUCAUAAUUCUAUACUACAUUCCAUUAAGAUAUCUGUUAUUAGCAUGGGGUAUCAAUAAAUUCACAAAGAAAUUGAGGAAACCCAAUGCAAUCUCCAAUAAUGAAUUGUUGGAUUUCUUAUCAAGAGUUCCUUCAGAUAAUGAAUUGAUUCAAUACAGAGAGCUGAGACCUGACAUCCCAGCGAAUACUCCAUCUGCUAAAAAGAAAAGAUCCUAGCAUGAUAUUGCUAACAUUUCCAUCCAAUGUGCCUUUUAGAACAUUUUUUUCCAGACUUCUUUGUUCUUUCAUGUAGGCCUAAUACAAGAAUUUUUGUAAAUGUCAAACUUGUCCUUGAUACCAUUUGUGUAAAUACAUGCCCAUUUUGUUGACACAUUUAUUUGAUCUUUGCCAUUUGAAUAGGCCUACAUGUUUCAAGUUUACCUGCAUAAUUCACUGCCAUACUUUUUAACUUCACAAGUGCUAUUUCAAUGUCUUAUCAGUUGUUAUUUAUGUGUUCACAUUUUUAGUUCACAUUUGUUACCUAUUAUUUAAAAAAAGAAUAAUGUUUUCCUAAAUCUCAGUAUUUAAAACUUUGCAGUCGUCUCAAAAUAUUUCUUUCAAUAAUGGAUAUAUUUAAAAUGAAACUAGAUCAUAGAUAUUGUACAUAGUUUUCCAGUUGGAAAAAAAACUAAUGUAUUUGUAAUAAAUAUAUAAAAAAACUUUUUUUUAAAGAGAUGUAUUUCUUAUGUCAAUAUCACAAAACACUUUUUUUUAAAACUAUUUGUAUUUAAAACUUGUCUCUUAUCACAUAGUUGUGACAAUACCACUUUGAUAUUGCUCAUUUUUUCCCCACUGCACUUGUGCUCAAAAAGCACUUUUUUUUUUGUGUAUUUAAUAAAAAGCCCAACAUAUGAACAACAGUUCCUAGUACAAUGUGUUGAAGUCUGAUCCAGGUUUAAAUGUGAUUGUAAUUGACAUCAUCUCCAAAGGAGAUGCUAAUGACAAAUGAAAUCAAUAAAUCUAAAAAAACUGCAGGUAUUUAUUUUGUAAAUGAUAUGUUAUAUAUUGAAAGGAGAAAGAAUAUCACUAUUUCAACUAGUUAAUUUGAUCAAAUGUUUUGGGCAAUAUAAAAUACAAUCAACUAAGAUUCAUGAUAGAAUGGGGGGGGGGGGGGA